AGCACGUGUCUGACGAUUGUUGUGGAUGCUUGCGCUUGAAAUCAAAGUGGUAGGCCUACAUGUACAUAUUUGGCCAAAAUACUCACCUUGGACGAUGAAAGAUGUACUCGGGGGUAUCAUCACAUAUCUCAAGAAAGUAUAGGUAGAUUUGGCUUGCUGUCGGAGUUAAAUGUGCUCUAACUUGCGUAUGCUCUUCACUUGAAACCUGCAGACUUUAGACAAAUUUCCAUCAUGCAUCAUGUCUGAAGUGAUUUUUGCCAUUUAAAACUUCCCAGUUUGGUUUGGCUUGGUUGAAAUUUGGUCGGCUAGUGGUAGUGCGAAUCACAUAAGCGAAAAGAAAUUUCAACGGCCUUUUUGUCAUUUAGAAACUGUACAGAGACCAAAGCAACAUGAAGUCUCUUCAUCUUGCCAAAUUUUGGCAAGUUGCCUCAGAAUUCUCGGGGAAGAACAUUGUGCAGAGGCAGAUUCCACUUCAAAAUCGACUUGGUGCAACGGUUGGCAAGUAUAACCUCUAUACGAGGGAGAUUCACUUCGGAAGGGUGACCACCUGUUCAAGACUGACUGUUGCCAUGCCAACAAGAACAAUACCGAGAUGUCCUUUCUCAACUUCAUCAAUAGCAUCAUCAGAUAUUUCGACUCCAUCCUCACUACCACCUCUCUCAGAAGCUCAGCGGAGGCAAGAAGAGGCGAGUGACAUGGCCACUACACGGCUCAUCAGCAAACACAGGAAACGUCAGGAUCGGGUGUACGUCUGGGGGCUUUCCUAUACUGGCGCACUGGGUGUCCCAACAUUUGUCAAACCUAAACUAAGAGGUAGCAGUCCCAGGACGAGAAGAAAGUAUCAGUCUGCACCUUACUUGUUACAGCAAAAUCAAAAGAUUACCUCUGUUGCUUGUGGUUACGGUUUCACCUUACUAGCCAGCAACACAUUAGAAAUAACCAAAGUCUGGGGAACUGGUGUCAACACGGACUCCCAGCUGGGCUUUCAGCCUAAAAGUGUCGAGAAAGAGGAAGGAAUGGAUUAUAUCCUGUACCCCGUGCCCAUCGACCUACCACUGACCAGACCACGGGCAACCAGAGUCACCCAGGUGUCAUGUGGGAGGGCGCACUCCCUGAUACUCACCGACAACGAAGGAGUUUUUAGUUUAGGUAACAAUGCCCAUGGACAGUGCGGAAGAGCCAUUGUCGAGAAAGAGACUUACAGGUCCAACCCAGUCAUUCAUAACAUCAAGGGGAUCGAAGGAACGGUGAAACAGGUUCAGUGCGGUCACGACCAUAGCCUUUUCUUGACAGAAGAGGGUGCUGUUUACAGCUGCGGAUGGGGAGCAGAUGGCCAGACUGGACUUGGUCACUACGAAAGUGUGGACCAUCCCGUUCAACUUGAGGGCGACCUGAAGGGGCAGAAGAUCCUCCAGGUUGCGACGUUUGCUGAUUGUUGUCUCGCAGUGUCUGAUAAAGGAGACAUUUUUGGCUGGGGCAAUUCCGAAUACCGCCAGCUUAACAGCGUCACAGAGGAAAUGCAGGUGUAUGAACCUCAGCACCUUCCAUUCCGUGGCGUAGGGAAGGUUAUGGGUGCAGCAGCUGGAGGGACCAUUUGUCAGCUUGUGAAUGACAUAGGAGAUGUCUUUGUCUGGGGCUACGGAAUACUGGGGAAGGGUCCAAAGUUGAGCGAGAGCAAAUAUCCAGAGCACGUUCCAGCCAUCCUGUUCGGACGGACGGAGCUGAAGCCAGAUGUCACAGUUACCCAGGUGCAUUGUGGUCUGCACCAUUUUGCGGCAGUUACGAACAAAGGAGAUUUGUACACAUGGGGAAUGAACGACUCGGGACAUCUAGGCUUGGGAACUCGGACCAACCAGUUCUUCCCUCUCAGGGUGGCCAUCGCUGCAGAAGUACAGACCGUGGCCUGUGGUGUGGAUCAUAUGGCGGCCCUGUGCAAAACAUUCCUGUGAAACAGAUCGUCCCAUCUCAGAAGAUCUCGUCAGUAAUCUGCUCACGCUUUUUCUGCCUGUCCUUGGCCCAGACGCGGCGCCCUCCAUUAACG